GAAAAAAAUAUCCGUGAGGUUGCACUGUCAAACUCCCCGUUUCUGUUAUAGUCGCCGUUUUCACCGUUCAAUGGGUGUUGCCGUUACUCAGUAGUCUGUCCAACACCCCGCCAUCGUCCGAUGAAUUUUCACACUUCGAUGGUGUUACCGCCUUCCAUAUCGUGAAAAGAUAGCUUUAUUUUAUGAUUUUAGGGCUUUUUUCAUUGACUUCUUUAUUCUCCCUCAACAUCAUCAUCCACCCUUGCCUCUUCAGCUGCCCCUUUCCUUUUCUGUCACUAUUUCAAAUCUAUUCUGAUAUCUAACCUCCGGUGACCGACCAUAAAAAGCUGGUCGGCUCCCGAUCCGAUGUUGUAGCAAGCCGAACACAUUCCCAUUUGCAGAUUGUUUCGUUCAUCCAAUUCCUUCCCAACAUGUCCGACCUCCCUCAACACCCUCUCAUUGAUCCCUCCACCUUUGACCUCAUUGUCGUUGGCACUGGAUUGCCCCAAUCCAUCCUUGCCGCCGCUGCCUCCGCCGCCGGAAAAACCGUUCUCCACCUCGACCCUAACCCCUACUAUGGAGGUCACUUCGCUACUCUUCCUCUCCACGACCUCACCUCCUUUCUCAAUUCCGCCUCUGCCCCUUCGCUGCCAUCGCCACCUCUUGCUUCCUACGAUAAUCAAGAUUAUGUCUCGGUUGAUCUUCAAACUAGGCCUUUGUACUCGGAUGUUGAAAUAUCCUCCUACGCACCUGAAGUCCUUCAAGAGCAUGCCAGAAAGUUCAAUAUUGAUUUAGCUGGACCGAGGGUUUUGUUUUGUGCUGAUAAAUGCAUUGAUGCUGUUCUGAAAGUGGGUGUUAACCAGUAUUUGGAAUUUAAGAGCAUUGAUGCGAGCUAUUUGUGGGAUCCGAAUGGAAAAUUGGUUAAUGUGCCUGGUUCUCGAGCAGCUAUAUUUAAGGACAAGAGUUUGAGUCUGACGGAGAAGAACCAGUUGAUGAGGUUUUUCAAACUCGUUCAGCAGCAUUUGGAUCCCGCUGAGGAUAGUGAAAAUUCCAAAAUCUCCCAAGAAGACUUGCACACUCCUUUUUUGGAGUUCUUGAAUAAAUUGCGGUUGCCUCAAAAGAUGAAGUCGAUAAUUCUGUAUGCCAUAUCCUUGGCAGAUGAUGAUCAGAACGACCAUGAUGUUGGUAAAAAUAGAUUACUUACGAAAGAAGGAAUCGCCCGUCUAGCUCUCUACCACACUUCAAUUGGCAGGUUUCAAAAUGCACAAGGUGCUUUAUUAUAUCCUAUCUAUGGUCAAGGGGAGCUUUCUCAAGCAUUUUGCCGUCGUGCUGCAGUCAAAGGUUGUCUUUAUGUACUGCGAAUGCCUGUGGUUGCUCUAUUAAAGGACAAGAGUAAUGAGCAAUAUAAGGGUGUUCGGUUGGCUUCUGGACAGGACAUCUUUAGUCAACAGUUGGUUCUGGAUCCAUGCUUCAUAGUUCCUCAACUGUUUAAAUUAUCUCUAGAAAGUCUUCAAGACGUUAGCUUGAGAGAUGUCAACCGCAAGGUGGCUAGAGGAAUAUGCAUUACAAAGCGCUCCUUAGUAUCAGAUGUUAAGAAUUGUCUGUUGGUUUAUCCUCCUAAAACUUUGUUUCCUGAGCAAGUUUCAUCAGUUCGGGUUCUCCAGAUAGGUGGCAAUUUAGCUGUUUGCCCAGAGGAUAUGUUUGUCAUAUACAUUUCUACCUUAUGUGAUAAUGCUAAUCAAGGGAAGGAGAUGGUUCGUGAAGCUAUGAAUGCAAUCAUGUCGCUCUUUGUUUCUGAUUGUCCUGAUUCUAUUUCUGUAGAUCAAGAUACCAAUGCAGAAGGUAAAGAAUUGGACCUACUUUGGAGUGCACUAUACGUUCAGGAAUCAAGUGUGGGUCAAUUUGGAACAGUGAGCUUCACCCCUAUGCCUGAUGGCAAUCUGAACUACGAUGACCUUUUGGAUGCAACUUUUGAGCUAUUUCAGAAGAUGUAUCCCAAUGAAGAGCUCUUUCUGGAGACAACUUCAGCUGGAGUUCAUCAAGACGACGGCGAAGAGAGCUAAUGGUAACAUACGACGCCUCAAUUUGAAUCUACUAUCAAGUGUAGUGUCAUGAAAACUUCCUGCAAACUCGUUUUUGGCAUCUGCAGGACUACAUCAAAUACAUGAUAAUCCAAGACCAUGCAGGGUUAUAUAUUCAAAUACAAGGACUCCCUUAGAGAAUGCUAAAGAAUUUGAGGUGGAUUUUCUAAUGUUGUACACUAUAAUCUGUGUUCAACACUCGAUGCUUAUUUAAUCAUAUUUGGCAACAAAAACAUUUUAUGCA